AUGUUAAGUAUCAAGAAUGCUUAUGCAUCUAUAAGCUUUCGAAGAGGCUUCAGUAAGACCAUAUGUUGUGGCAAUAAACAGAAUUUAGAGUCUAACAUUAAUGACCAAUGGUUAAAUGACUUGGAAGGCUCAACUGAAGAAGAAAUACCAGAGCCAGAUUGUGUUAUCAGUAAAGUUAGUGAAUCAGAUAAUGACCAAUCAAAGGUUAAUUAUUUGGAUAAUAUAAAGUAUAAGCUUUUAGGCGUUGAUAGUAAGGGUCUUUCUGAUAUUCAAAUGACAUUAAAAGAUUAUUUUAUGGGCAAUGAGCACCAUACUCACAACGUAUUUCAUGGCUUCUCGAAGUUUAAGCAAGCCCGUAAAAGUGAACAAAGAACAUUUAUAGAUUUAAAGCUUAUCAGAGUAAAGAGUGGUAAAGGUGGUAAUGGAUCGGCAUCGUUUUUUAGAGAUGCGUUUAGACCUAUGGGACCUCCUGACGGUGGAGAUGGUGGUUAUGGAGGGAAUAUAUACGUCAAUGCGGUUAACAACAUUACCUCAUUGCAUAAGGUCAAAAGGUCGUAUGAAGCAAGGGAUGGAACUCAAGGUAUGGGGAAACAGUUGGAUGGUAAAAAUGGGGAAGAUGUUAUUAUUGAAGUUCCUGUUGGUACUACUGUUAGAUGGGUUCCCGACCCUCUAGAACUCCGGAAAUACUUGCAGGAAACCCAGCAAGAUUUGGAUCAAAUCAAUUUGAAUAUUAAGGGUACUGGCCUCAAAAACGAUUAUAUUCAAUUUUUUAGAGAGAGUUUCAAACCAGGCGAAGGAUGGAUUUUCAAGGAGAAGGAAGAAGACUAUUUUCUUGAGAGGAAAUUUUUCAACGAUUUAAAUGAAAAAGUCAAAGAAUAUGACACAGAAAUAAUAAAAGAAGAAUUAUAUGAAGAUAAUUUCCCAAUGAUGGGAAUUGAUUUCGAUAAACCUACUUCUAAACCGGUUUUAUUGAUUAAGGGAGGAAAAGGAGGUAUGGGAAAUAUGCACUUUUUAACCAAAGAUAUUAGAAAUCCAAAAUUUUGUAAAAUGGGAAGAGCAGGAUUGACUAAGUUUUUCUUACUAGAAUUGAAAUUAAUUGCUGAUUUGGGCUUAGUUGGGUUGCCGAAUGCCGGUAAAUCAACCUUAUUAAGGGCCAUUUCAAAAGCUAGACCAAGGGUAGGGCACUGGGAAUUUACUACUUUACAGCCAACAAUAGGAACAAUAUUCACGUCCAUUGAUAAGGAUCCAUUCACAGUUGCCGAUAUUCCAGGAAUAAUUAAAGGUGCAUCUGAAAAUAAAGGUAUGGGCCUUGAUUUCUUGAGACAUAUAGAAAGGUCUGGUGGUUUAGUAUUUGUAAUCUCUUUAGAAUCCAAGGACCCAAUAAAAGAUUUAAUGACCUUGAUUAAUGAAGUGGGACCUAAAAGAAUGUCUGCUAAGAAAAUAUUGGUAGUAGCAACAAAAGCUGAUCUAGAACAAAAAAUUGACAAGUAUAAUGAUUUGAGGAAAUUUAUUGAAAGUCAGGAUUGGAAAAUUGUACCAGUAUGCGCAAUUCGUGGUGAGAAUAUUGAAAAGUGUAUCAAAAUGAUGAGUGAAACCGCUCAUAAGUAG